CAUCAAUCCUUACCUCCAACUCUAUCUCUCCGGCCUAGAUACCCAUAGAUACCCCACCCGCGUCAUCGAGCACCAAACCCGUUGAUCCGCCAUUGCCGCAAUUGAUCGCACAGAAUACGUACGCGUUUCCGGGGCUACACCUCACCGACUGCCACCAUAUCGAACCCAGCACACUCCCGCCGGAGCUGGGGCUCAAGGCCUCUCCAGUACACAGCUGCAGCAAUGUCCGCAAUGGCCGCACCACGAGAACAUGACGGCGCCGACGAACACCUGAUGGAGCUCCCGUCGAUGCGCAAUCCCGACCCGCCUCCACCGCCACUGCCUGCAGCUCCUCCUCGACGCGGCCUCAAUUUCCACCCAGCGGUCUAUGUCGGGUUCUGGAUCACGUUGUCGUCAGCGACGAUCCUGUUCAACAAGUGGAUCUUGUCCACCUGCGAGUUCGCAUUCCCAAUAUUCCUGACGACAUGGCACCUGGUCUUCGCGACGGCGGCGACGCAGCUACUCGCGCGCACCACGGAUCUGCUGGAUGGUCGGCACCGCGUCAAGAUGACGGGGCGGAUAUACCUCCGCGCAAUCAUGCCGAUAGGACUGUUCUUCUCGCUGUCGCUGAUCUGCAGUAACAAGGCGUACAUAUAUCUCAGCGUGGCGUUUAUCCAGAUGCUGAAGGCCACAACGCCCGUAGCAGUGCUCGUCGCCUCAUGGGCGCUCUCGCUGUCGACGCCGUCGCUGCGCACGCUCGGCAACGUCGCGCUGAUCGUGGUGGGGGUGAUAAUCGCGUCAUGGGGCGAGAUCGCCCUCGACGCGACCGGCGUGAUCUACCAGGUCCUCGGGAUCUGCUUCGAGGCCACACGCCUCGUCAUGGUGCAGCGCCUGCUCUCCGCAAACGAGUACAAGAUGGAUCCGCUCGUGUCGCUGUACUACUUCGCGCCGGUGUGCGCGCUGAUUAAUGGCGCAUUCUUUUUGGUGCUCGAGGCGGGCCAGAUAAGCUGGGUAAACGAUGUCAUGGGAAAAGUCGGCCUGCCAAUGCUCACGCUGAACGCCUGUGUCGCGUUCGCGCUGAACGUGUCCGUCGUGUUCCUUAUCGGCCGCACCUCCUCCCUCGUGCUGACGCUCUGCGGCGUGCUGAAGGAUAUCCUCCUAGUAGUCCUCAGCAUCCUGAUCUGGCAGACGGAAGUGACGCUGCUGCAGUUCAUUGGGUACAGCAUUGCGCUGGCGGGCCUGGUGUGGUACAAGCUUGGUCCCGAGAAGGUGCUUGAGCAUCUGGUCCUGCUGAAACAGGCGGCCAUGGAGGGCCGCGCGCUGGGCGUGGUCGCGGUCGGCGUUGUCACGGUGUUGCUGGUCGGCGUUGUGUGGUAUGCGUUUAGUGGGCCGGAGGGGGGCGGUGUAUGAGGGAGGAUGAAAGAGAUCUUCAGUUUAUUUUACAUGCAAAGGGUGGAUGUUUUAGAUACCCGGGUGGGGGAUUUCUUUUGGAUUGGAUUGGGAUAGAUGGAUAGGUGGAACGAUAGAUCUAAACAGCGAUGCAAACCCUC